AGUGCACACAUGGGCUGCUUCACUUGCAGGGCCAAUAAAACCCUGGGUAACUGCUUGAGAUUCCAUUGCUGCUUCUGUAGAACUACUGAAAACAAAGCCCUGAGAGGCACUCUGCUAUGAAAAGUCUCCUCAUGUGUGUUAUUUAAAAUUAAUUCUCAUGUCAGCAGAAAGCUCAACCAUCACAGUUCGCCUUGUUCGCUCCUUUGAGCACCGGAAUUUCAGGCCUGUGGUUUAUCAUGGAGUUAACUUGGAUCAGACAGUGAAGCAGUUCAUUGCUUUUGUGCAGAAGGAUGUGCCUUCAAGAACAGGUCUUCCUCCUCCUUUUAAAGCUUACAAAUACGAUACAAUGAAGAUUAUUCACCAAGCUCACAAAUCUAAGACUGGUGAUCUAGUAGUGAGUUUGGAAGAUGAUGACAAACUGAUUUUGAAAGAAGACAGCACACUGAAAGCAGCUGGAGUAGCAAAUGAGACCGAAUUAGCAUUCUUCUGUGAGGAAGAUUACAGAAACUACAAAGCUAAUCCUGUUUCGGCCUGGUGAAGAUCCCAAGAGAUUGUUUUGUUUUCCCAUACUUGUUGUAAAUCUUCCUUGCCCUGCUUAAUGACUUUUUCUUUAAAAGAUCAAUAAAUCCUCGAGGAUUGCUUUGCAAA